AUGCUGCACAUGAUAUUUUUGAAAAAAGGGUUCAAUGCCUUGAUACCGUCGUUUUCUCGCCAAAAUAAAUUACUCAGGUCAUUUGCCACAGCUGGUGCGGUCUCUAGAAUUGGUCCAAAAAGCAUCAAGGAGAUUUUCGAUGACAAUUCAUACUGGAGGAGCAUCAAUAGUCAGGAUAGUAAUAAUAGUAAAAUCGCACAAUAUCUCUUCAAAAAAAAUAAAACCGGACUUUUCAAGAACCCUUAUUUGACUUCACCAGACGGUUUACGUAAAUUUAGCCAGGUCUCUCUGAAGCAAGCACAGACUCUACUCGAAAAAAUGAGGAAUGACUCUACCGAAAGCGGCAAGUUAAGUUAUAUCAUAAAUUUGGACAGAUUGAGUGACACAUUAUGUCGCGUGAUCGAUUUAUGUGAGUUCAUUAGGUCAACACAUCCAGAUGAUAAAUUCGUUAAAGCAGCCCAGGAUUGCCACGAACAGAUGUUUGAAUUCAUGAAUGUGUUGAACACUGAUGUAUCAUUGUGUAACAUACUAAAGUCAGUCUUGAACAGCCCCGAGGUGUCAUCGAAAUUAAGUGAUGAAGAGCUUAAAGUUGGUAAAAUCUUAUUGGAUGAUUUUGAGAAAUCAGGAAUUUAUAUGAAUCCCGAUGUGAGAGAAAAAUUUAUCGAGUUAUCACAAGAAAUAAGUUUGAUAGGUCAAGAGUUUAUUAACCAUACAGAUUAUCCUGGUUCAAAUUCUGUGAAAAUACCAUGUAAAGAUCUCGAUAAUGGCAAUGUAAGUGCAUUUCUAUUAAAGCAAUUAAACAAGGAUGUGAAGGGUCAAAACUAUAAGAUACCCACCUUUGGUUAUGCAGCUUACGCAUUAUUAAAAAGUUGCGAAAAGGAAGAGGUAAGAAAGAAACUAUGGACCGCACUACACAGUUGUUCUGACAAACAAAUCAAAAGAUUGAGCCAUUUAAUCAAAUUGAGGGCAAUUUUAGCUAACUUGAUGAACAAAGAAAGCUAUGCAGAAUAUCAAUUAGAAGGUAAGAUGGCAAAGAAUCCUAAAGAUGUACAAGAUUUCAUUCUGACGCUGAUGAAUGGUACUAUUGAUAAAACUGCAAAUGAACUAAAAUUUAUAGCUGAGCUCAAAACUAAAGAUCUCAAGAAGCCACUAGCCACGAAAACAGACGAUAUUUUGAGACUCGUGAGGCCCUGGGAUAGGGAUUACUAUACCGGCAAAUACUUACAACUUAAUCCUUCAGAUGCACCUAAUGCCAAAGAGAUAAGCUACUAUUUCACGUUAGGAAAUGUGAUCGAGGGCUUGUCCGAUUUGUUUCAGCAUAUAUAUGGUAUUAGACUCGAGCCAGAAAUUGCUGACGAGGGCGAAACAUGGUCACCGGACGUGAGAAGAUUAAAUGUAAUAUCUGAAGAGGAGGGAAUUAUUGGCAUUAUCUAUUGUGAUUUAUUCGAAAGAAAUGGAAAAACUUCAAAUCCGGCACAUUUUACUGUUUGCUGUUCCAGGCAAAUAUAUCCUAAUGAAACUGACUUUUCGACUAUUCAAGUCGGUGAGAACCCUGAUGGUUCUUAUUUUCAGUUACCAGUUAUCUCACUCGUGUGCAAUUUUGCCCCAAUACCGAUCGCUUCUAAGAAAACUCUGUGUUUUUUACAGCUUAGUGAAGUUGAAACUCUUUUUCAUGAGAUGGGACAUGCAAUGCAUUCUAUGUUAGGAAGAACUCACAUGCAGAACAUAAGUGGUACAAGGUGCGCCACUGAUUUUGUUGAAUUACCAAGUAUCCUGAUGGAACACUUUGCUAAGGACAUACGAAUUUUGACAAAGAUUAGCAAGCAUUACGAGACCGGAGAAACUAUUCAGGCAGGUAUGUUGCAGAGCUUCAUGAGAACGACCAAUUUUCUUCAAAAUUGUGAAACGUAUUCGCAAGCAAAAAUGGCGAUGCUAGACCAAUCAUUUCAUGAUGAAGAAAUUAUCUCUGAUAUUGAUAAUUUUGACAUUGUUAAAAAUUACCAAGCGUUAGAACGACGUUUAAAGGUUUUGGUCGAUGAUCAAAGUAAUUGGUGCGGACGAUUUGGUCAUCUAUUUGGAUACGGGGCAACUUAUUACAGCUACUUGUUUGAUAGGACAAUAGCCUCUAAAAUUUGGUACGCCUUGUUCGAAGAUGAUCCAUAUAGUCGAAAAAAUGGUGAUAAAUUUAAAAAGCAUUUAUUGAAGUGGGGUGGGCUGAAGGACCCUUGGAAAUGCAUCGCCGAUGUUCUAGAAUGUCCUAUGCUAGAAAAGGGCGGUAGUGAGGCAAUGGAGUUUAUUGCGCAGUCUCAUAAAAAUUAA